AUUUGGAGAGCAGACUCAAUGAUAAAAUAUGGUAGAGUUUUUGUAGCGUAUAAUGACCAGCAAAGAAUAUUGGAAACGAUCUAACCAUGUGUAAACGUCAUUGGUAUCUUUAGCGGGAGGCCGGCAGUUUGCCAUAGAACUUCACGAGCUAUGAUCACCUUAUCAAUCAUUCUUUGGUAACUAGUUAACCAACUAACUAAAUACUAUCCAUGAUCAAUCAAGAUAGUAGCCGGGUAUAGUAUCUAACAGAGGCCCCCAUAUCUAAACAAUCCGCAACUUGAACUACAUACCUUGAAACCAUGACUCCUUCCAUCCUAAUCGUCGGUGCCACCGGCAACACCGGCCGAGCGGUUACUCAGACGCUUCCAAAAUUGCUUCAAUCAACCAGCACGCUGUCGGGAUACCGCAUCAUUGCUCUCACUCGCUCCUCGACUAGUCCGGUGGCACAGGAGCUUGCCAAACUACCCGGCGUUGAAGUGAUCGAGCAAAAUUGGGUGGAGAUUACCGUCGACUGGCUCCGCGAGCACCAAGUUACUCGAGCUUUCAUUGCAUCUCAUAAUGCGCCUAACCAGUUCGCCGAGGAGUCGACUUUCCAUCUCAAUGCCCUCAACGCCGGCGUCAAGUAUGUCGUGCGGAUCUCGACGACGGCUGCGAAUGUGCGCCCGGAUUGUCCUGCCUACUAUCCACGGCAGCACUGGGCCAUCGAAGCUCUCCUCGACUCGCCCGAGUUCAACAACUUGCAAUGGACAUCUCUUCAGCCAAAUGUCUUCUCGCCGCUUAUCUUGUCGCCUGCUGUGGAAAUAAUCAAGAAGUACCGCAAGACCGGGGAGCAGGAUCGCCUUCGUCUGAUGCUGUCGGAGGAUGCACCUGUCGGGAUCAUCGACCCCGACGAGGUUGGUAUCUUUGCAGCUCAUCUCCUGUCUCAAGAUGAUACUUCCAUGCACAACAAGGCCAAAUACGUUCUAAAUGGACCCGAGGAUAUCACUGGAAAGCAGAUCCUCGGCAUGAUUGAGCAACACAUUGGUGUUCCCGUCAAAGACGUUAGUUACAAAGACGUCUCUUUCAUCGACAUGCUGUAUGAGUACCAAUAUGCGGCAACCAAGCAAUCCAAGAACGUCAUUUACUCGAUCAAGCGAGCCCUUGAAACAGCGUGGGAAGGGAAGUGCUCGGCUUCUACAAGCAGCAAGGAGUUCCUGGAGCUUUCUGCUCCAAAGCGGACGCCUGCUGAUGUCUUGAAGUCGCUCCUAGCAGAGUAAGGAGACAUUCAGCUGGGAAACACCACUCUCUGGGGGAGGGGGUGGGG